UAUCAAGUUCACAGUGAUAACAUUCUGGUCUCGUCAAGUUAUUGUGUAUGGUCAGAAUAUUUUGGUUUUAAUAUCAAAUUAAAUCAUGUGAAUCUAAUUGGGUCAAAUCAAAAAUAUAUAAAACCAAAUUUUACUAAAAUUUGCAUUAGUCAAGUUUAAGCUUUUGAAGCCUGAACAUUACUUUAAAGAUGGAUUUAGAGAAUUUAAGAUAUAAAUAUUUUUUGACUGAAAUUUUUGUGUUAGGUCAAAAAGCUGCAGGUGUCCGUGGAUUUAACAACAUUCAAGACUAUUACACGAUUCAAAGGCAAUGCCUUGAAUCUGGAAAAUUAUUUGAAGAUCCAGAAUUUCCACCAACUGGAAAUUGGCUUCGUCCACAUGAAAUUUGCAAAAAUCAAGGAUUUGGCAGUCCCAAGUUUUUCAUUGACAGCGUUUCACGAUUUGACAUUAAACAAGGAAGAUUGGGUGAUUGCUGGUUCCUUGCAGCGAUGGCAGCCGUAACGGCAAGUCGAGCUAAGUUUAAUAGAAUCGUCUGCAAAGAUAAUAGCUUUGAUGAAAAUUAUGCUGGGAUCUUCCAUUUCCGAUUCUGGCUAUACGGCAAAUGGGUAGAAGUAGUCGUCGAUGAUCGCUUACCAGUCAAUAUAUUUGGUCAGUUGGAUUGUUUGCGUUCGAAUGAGCCAAACGAAUUUUGGUCAGCACUACUUGAAAAGGCAUAUGCAAAAGUAUUUGGAGGAUAUAAAGCACUAGAAGCUGGAGUUUCAUGUGAUGCUUUUGAGGAUUUUUCAGGUGGAGUUUCGGAAAUUUUCAACUUGAGUAAUCCACCGAAAAAUAUGUUUGCAAUAAUGCAAAAGGCAAUAAAGCGAAGAUCGUUGAUGGCAUGUUCCCUCAAACCAGAUCCAAAGCAGACCGAAGCUAUUGGCUCAAAUGGAUUGAUUCAAGGUCAUGCAUAUACUGUCACGGAUGCUAAAACAAUCGAUAUUCAUAUAAGUGGAGAAGUCAUCAAUGUGGAUCUCGUCCGCUUGAGAAAUCCAUGGGGUACAAAAGAAUGGAAUGGAUCGUGGAGUGAUGGAAAGGUAGAAUGGCAAUUGCUGACAAGUGAUCAAAGGAAAGAAUUGGAGAUUAAAAAUGAAGAAGAUGGUGAAUUUUGGAUGUCUUAUGAUGAUUUUAUUUCAUAUUUUGAACGAUUGGAUUUAUGUAACACAACUGCUCAGUCAUUGGAUGAAGAAAGGCGAGAGGAUUAUACUUGGCAUACAAAAUCUUAUGAUGGUGCUUGGAUUAAAGGCAAAACAGCUGGUGGAUGCAAAAAUAACAGAGAAACUUUUCAAAAUAAUCCUCAAUAUAUUGUCACAUUAACGACUGAUGACGUUACUUACAAUCAAGGACGUUGUAACCUUAUGAUUUCAUUGAUGCAAAAAUAUGGAAGAAGCACCACAUCUAGACCGAAUUAUUUCAAUAUAGGAUUUGCUGUCUUUCGUCUCGAUGAAUCAUAUCUUAAGAAUAUUUCUUUAAGGAACACAUUCAUCACUUAUACUAACCCAGCUGAACGAACAACAUUCAUAAAUUCACGUGGUGUUACAGCUCGUUACAAAUUAGAGCCUGGACAUUACUUAAUUGUUCCAUCUACAUUCCACAAAGAUCAAGAAAAUGAAUUUUUAUUGCGUGUGAGCUACGAGAAAAAAAUUGAUAAAAAUAAAUUAAAAGUUGUGACUUUCAAAGAAUUAAACGAGCAUUUGGAGGAUACAGGAAAUUUUAUAACGGGAGACAAUUUCACACCAUGCAAAGCUGAUGACUUUAAAUCAUGCAAUAUGACACCUGGUGAACCUCCAAGCAACAAAUCUCAAUCUUCUGAGACGCAGAAAAUUGAAAAAUUAUUUUCAGAUGCUGCUGGAUCUAAUGAAGAAAUUGGUUGGCUGGAAUUGAAAACUAUCCUUGAUAGUUCUAUACCAGAAGAGAGUCGUACUAAAGGUUUCUAUUCUGAUUAUAAGAAUGAUGGGUUCUCUAGAGACAUUUGCCGUUCAAUAAUAGCAAUGAUGGACACUGACAACUCUCGAAAGCUUAGUAUGGGAGAAUUCAAGAAGUUUUAUGCUACAUUCACUAAAUGGAAGGUGCGUACAUGUAAUUCAUAUUACUACAAGAGGAAAACAACAUGAUUGGAAAUGUUCCAUCAAUACCACGUUGUUUUUUCCUUGCCUUAAUGUCUAGCUAAUCUUCUUCUUCAUUCAGAAUGCAUUCGAAAAGUUCAAUAAAUCAGGAACAUGGAAGUUAUCACCAUCAGAAUUACUUGGUGCUCUUGAAUCACUAGAACUGAACAUCAGUAUAAGGGUUAUCAACUUAUUGGUUUAUCGCUAUGGAACUCCAUACAAUACGCUUCUAUUUGAGGACUUUAUCAUGUGUGCUGUUAAAGUUUCACACAUGGUUGAGAGAUUUAAUGAAAAAGCAGGAGAAAACAAGGAUAAUGCAACUUUUAAUAUGGACGAUUGGAUUGCAACAACACUUUAUGCAUAGAUUUAUAUGUCUUUGGAUCUUGGAUGAUUAUAUGAAUUUGUCUUAAUUGAGUUAAUAAAUAAGUUAUUGAGAGUUUGGAA